GUCAUUUACUGGCAAUGGUGAUCAUUGAACCAGCUUUACAGGAACGAACUUGGAACGAGCCCGAGGUCGCGCCUGUCUGCUCCGUCGCUGUGCUGCUCGUUCUCGGAGACCGUCGUGUAACAUACACGCAUUCUGCGUUGGUCGUCCACCUUGUGACCGUGGGGCGAAUCCUCCAAACUAGGACAUAGCGAUGGUCGGCGGGCCCCAUCAUCACCGAAGAUGCUCCCAGGAGGGCGGCGUUUUCGCGCGCACGCCCGAACGACGACGGUCGUCGAGCCAGGGCGACGAGACACCGCGCGCGACAGGCUUCCCCCUCAACGCGAUGAGCGCCGCUGGCCAUCCGGACACGAGCGCUGGCCAUGCCGGCGCUGAUCCCCAGCCGUCCAAGAGACUCGCCUUUUUGUCCGACAUGCUUUUGUCUUCUGCAUCCGUCGGCUCGUCUGUCGGACAACGAAGUGCCUCUAGUCCUCUCUCAGCCCGCACCCACUCCAGAGGCGACUCUGCAUCCGGCACCCCUCGCGAACUGACCGCCUCCCCCGUGCCGGCCAUGGCGACCCCGUCCACACACCAGAAAGGCCAUACAUCGCCCACCAAGGCCUCUGCUCGUACGUAUGACUCCAAGCUCGUCUCGCGCGAGAUGCAUCGCCUAGGCAAUCUUGCGCAUUCACAUCUCCCUACCCUCGCACCCUCCCUUUCUGCGGCGUCUCAGAUCGCCAGCUCCCACACCCUAGUCAACUCAAGUCUACCCAAUAUCUCAUCCACUUCUUCGAACGAGCCGUGGCAAGCUCUCCAUGUCCUCGUUCUUCCGUUGUUCAACGGCGAGCCACUCCGUGUGCCAAUCGAGGAUCUGAACCAACUCGUCAAGCGCCAUCUUCAAACGAUCGUUUCCCAGUCCCCGGCGAAGGCAUUUGCCAUUCUGGAACAUGACACCUCGGAGCUCAUCGCGUCAGGAAUGGUCACGCUGAACGCGAAGAUCAGCGACAUCGACGACGAGAAGCUUAUAGUACGGAUCGUAGAGCUUUGGGGUUUCUUCUGGGACCAGGUGCUUCCUUAUGUCGAAGGGGCCCUACUACCUCUACAAACCGAUCCGCUUCUGUCCUCUCUGUAUCGUGUGCCAAAAGGUCACAAGCCAAAUACGACGCCUACAGGCGGGAACGGGAAAGGGUCGAUGUCCUCCAUCAUGCUCCAGUCCGCGCCGCAGAUCGACGUCCGGACUGUCGCUCUGCAAUCGUUCCGAGACGCAGUCAUCCUACCCAUUUACCAUCGAAUGUACUCCCGCCUGACUGCCUCCAAGGAGGACGUCGUGCCAGAGAGCCCGCUGUCAUCGCAGCCCCGGCUACAGCAGAUGCUCCUUGUCCUCGUAUCGCAGCGACCCCGGCCGUUAUCCUUCUCCCUGACAUCCGCACCACCACAGCCCACCGCGGGAGAAGCCGCCGUGCAACACCUACUCCGAGCCAUUCGGGCCCCUCUCACCCAGCUCGAGCGCAGCAUGCAGCGCGGCAGUGCUACCUACCUCUCAACAGCACGACCGCGCGAUCGCCGGGGGUGGAUCGCGCAGAAGUAUGACCGUAGGCGGACCGGUAUCCGGCGGCCGAGCGGUGUGCACGCGAAUGCAGAGGGCGAGGAGGGCGAGGAGGACGGGGGCGGGGACGAGACGCCGAGGAUGGCGGCGCGCUUCGCGCAUCUGACGCACUUGCGGGAGCGGGAUAAGGAGUUCUUGGAUUCGCUGAGGAGUCCGGAUCCUGAGCGCGUUGAUGGUGGAUGGGGACUGGGCGUCACCGGCGAGGAGAACAAGGUGGAAGAGGACGAGGAGGAGAACAUGGAUUGGGACCAGGCCCAGGCCGUCGUUGAGCGGAUGGUUGGCAUGAACACCCCAAGAUAGGGUUUGCAUCCGGUUUGUAUGGGGAACAUUGGGGACGAAUGGCUGCCCCGCAUAACUUAUCACUCACUGCUUAGCUGGACCAAGGUCAAUUUGCAUGCUGUAUCAAUACAUCACGUUUCUGCAUUCACUUCACAUCGGUUCGAUUACUCUCGCACCGGGCGGUAAGCUGGCCAGCCAGACUCGGCUAAGGCGCCUGCGAUGCCUCAGACCGA